AUGCUAUUUCGCCAGCCAAGCACCUGUACAAUUCGUGGAAAACGACAUCUCCGAAAGCGCGAGAACGCCUCCUUCCCAGAGACGUUGUCGGGGCAAAAGAAUGCGCAGGAGAUGAUGGGGAAAAACUUGACAGCGUCGCUUAAUAAAGGGGUAGAUGUGUACUUGACUGGGAGCGGGGUCCCCCUCAUUUGGAUCCAACUUCGGGGGAUUGAUGCACCGAGUGGAAUGCUAGGAACAUCCACAGUUCUCGAAUCUCUCCCAAUGGCUCGUGAAAGUCCAGAAACUCCAACCCGAGAUGAGCUCCAACAUUACGUACGAGAAAGAUUCCCAAUUGAGUGGACAAAAAAAAAAAAUAUGCCGACUACGUACGCCGACAUAACGUCGACCUCCGUCCACGAUGCCAUCGCCCUCCUCACCCACAACCUGGUCAACAUAACCGACACGACCGGCCAAUUCCUCAUGACCCUCCCCGACGGCCGCGUGAUUGACACCAAGGGCUGGAACGACUGGGAAUGGACGCACGGCAUCGGUCUCUACGGGCUGUACAAGUACUACUCCCUAACCAACUCUCCCGAGACUCUCAAGAUCGUUGAAGACUGGUUCGCGAGCCGCUUCGCGGCGGGCGGGACGACGAAGAACAUCAACACGAUGGCGGCGCUUCUCACGCUCGCCUACGUGUUCGAGGAGACGGGCAACAAGAAGUACCUGCCGUGGCUGGACAGCUGGGCCGAGUGGGCCAUGUACGACCUCGAGCGGACGGAGUAUGGCGGGAUGCAGCACAUCACGUAUCUGACGCCCAACACGCAGCAGCUCUGGGACGACACCUUGAUGAUGACGGUGCUGCCGUUGGCGAAGAUCGGGAAGGUGCUGGGUCGACCGCACUACGUGGAGGAGGCCAAACGGCAGUUCCUGAUCCAUAUCAAGUAUCUGUUCGAUACGCGGACGGGGCUGUGGUUCCACGGCUGGUCUUUCGAGGAUGGGGGCCACAAUUUCGCGAGGGCGCGGUGGGCGAGGGGGAAUUCGUGGGUGACGAUUGUCAUUCCGGAGUUUAUCGAGUUGCUCGAUCUUCCUGCGGCGGAUCCGUUGAGGAUACACUUGAUCGAUACGUUGGAGGCGCAAUGUCGAGCAUUGAAGAAGUACCAAGAUAAGUCGGGACUUUGGAGGACAUUACUGGAUCAUGAUGACGAGGGCUCGUAUAUGGAAGCUUCUGCAACGGCGGGGUUCGCAUAUGGAAUUCUGAAGGCGGUUAGAAAGAAGUACAUAGGUCCCGAGUACGAGGAGGUUGCUGUGAGGGCCAUCAAAGCGGUGAUGGGGCAGAUUGAUAAGGAAGGGGAGCUGCAGAACACGAGUUUCGGGACGGGAAUGGGUGAUAGUCUCCAGUUCUACAAAGACAUCCCGAGGACGAGUAUGCCGUAUGGGCAGGCCAUGGCUAUCAUGGCACUAGGAGAGUUCUUGAGGAAGUUCUUGUAG